UGUUUUACAAAACACACAGACAGUACAGUUGGGAGCUAGUUAGGAUGUUCGAACACUUUACCAUUAAACUACUCAUCACGCAUAUUUCCCUGCUUAACAGCUUAUACUCGUACUUCUAACAACACCGACCCCGCCCUUAAAAGGCCAUCUAACCCCUGUAAUUAACCUCCACAAAGGACGUGCAGAAGCACAAAAAUAAUCUUUAUACCAUGGGCAUGGCCACCGCUGCCACCGCGACGACGGCCGCUCCGGACAAGCUCCGGCAGCCGUGCAGGCCGAGGCCGGCGGCGCAGAUUCCCUCCUCCAAGAACCGCGUGCCCAAGGCGCCCGUGGUGAUCGCGCACGAGUGCCCCAGCGCGAUGCGCGCCCACGUCCUGGAGGUGCCCGCCGGGCGCGACGUCCUGUCGUGCGUCGCGGCGUUCGCGCGGCGGGGGCGCUGCGGCGCGCUGGUGCUGGGCGCAGCCGGGCACGUCGCGGACGUCGUGCUCAGGGAGCCGGCGCUGGUGCUCCGGGGCACGACGGAGAUCCUGAGCCUGGCGGGGUGCUUCUUCCCGUCUCCCUCUGCGUCAGCCGCGGGCGUCGCGGUGUUCCUGGCCGGGCCGCGAGGCAGCGUGCUGGGCGGCGCCGUCGCGGACGGAGGGCUCGUGGCCGCCGGUCCGGUGGUGGUGAUGGUGGCCACGUUUGUCGCGGCUGCGAUCGACCGGUUGCCGCUGGUGAAGGGGGACGAAUCCUCCAAGGCGGAGGGGAGCGACGUGCACGGCGUGGCCGGACAGUGGCGGUUCGGCGGCCAGCCGCUGCAGCAACAGUGCGGAUGGGCGCCGCUGUGUCGGAAGCUGGGCGCGAAGAGCUGA